GUGGAGCUUACAGGGAGAGGAAGUCAGCAUCUUGAGCUGUCAUAGCGGCGCGUUUUACACGAAGAAGCCUGAUUAUAAAAGAGGUGUUCUGGCGUUAAAUUGUAAAACAUUAUUGUAAUGUGUGGCUAUAUAUCGGCGCACCUUCUGGCAUUAACUCGUGUCCUAGAAUUUAACUCAAUCGGGACAGGUAGAGACCGCCUAUAGGACAUCGAUGGCGAGCGUGGUGUUAAUAAUAUGAUGGAUAUGGAGAUGUUUCUAGGAAAAUACGAGCGAUUCUCAAGGUUCAAGCUGCGACAGAUGAUGCGUGUCUCCAUGUGAUGUCGAAGGACCCUGUUUUAUGGUGCGCUUCACCCCGCCCCUGAGAUUUAUGGGAGAGGAUGGACAUCCCAGCGGCCAAUCACGAGCAGCCUUGGGGUCACAUGGGCUGGCCUGCAGCUGCCCCCAUAGCCGGCUAUGCAACAGCUGUGCCCAACGGCCCCCCACCUGGGCUCCAGUAUCCGAAUAAGGGCAUCCAGAAUGCACCCCCAAUUAUGGGGUCUGGCCACCCCCCAGGAGUCUGGCCCCAUCAGAAGCCGUCCUGGGGCCCCCCUCCAAACCACUUCAAUGGCAUGUUAUGUGAGCCCAAUCCAGAAUUGUCCUUUCGCAGUAACUCACAGUCACCACAAGGAGGCAGCAGUUCACAACCGGACAGCAGAGUUUUGAGCCCCAGUUCUGAAUCGCGAUAUGGCCUGGACCCCCAGUGCCUGCCUAGCGCGGUGCGGGGAAUGCAGGAGAACAGGGAGGAAUGGGAGGGAAAGGUGUUUGUUUCGGAGCCUGGCUCUCUGCUGCCCCCUCUGGCCACCACUGGCUUUACUGUGGAGGAUCGAGGUAACGCGAGCCCCAGGUUCAUUCGCUGCACCUCCUACUCUUUCCCCAGCGAAGGAACGACUGCCCAGCUGAGCCACCUGCCCCUCGGGGCAGUACUGACCCCCCUGGCCAGGCUAGAGAAAGGCGAGCGCCCUCUGCCGGUCUGCUCUGGGACUGCAGAGGGAGGGCUUGUGCCAGGCUGCAGUGGAUGUGGUGCCUACAUGUGCCCGUUCAUGACCUGGCAAGACUGCGGGCAGAGAUUCUCCUGCCCGUUCUGCGGGAAGCUCACCGAAGUGCCGUGGCGGUGUUACCAGCCCACCGGCGGGGGGGGGCCACGGACGGACAGCGAACGCAGACCCGAGCUCUGUCUCGGGUCCUACGACGUCCUGGAGUCCGACACGGGUCAGGCGGCUGGGCUGCUCUUGGCGUUGGACGUCUCUGCUCCUGCGCUGAAGAGUGGACACCUGGGUCUCAUCUGUCAGCAGCUACGCUCCUUCCUCUCUCUGCCAGAAGGUGGGAACCAAUCAGACCUGCGGGUGGGAUUGAUGACCUAUGACAGCAGGCUCCACCUCUAUGACCUCAGCCCCACUCUGUCCCGCCCCCACAUGCUAAUUAUCACUGAUACCACAGAGCUAGAACUGCCCACGUGGGAGGGGCUACUGGUGCCACUCAAAGACUCCAGAUACUGCAUUGACAGUUUGUUGCAGCAGAUUCCCCGAUUGGCUGAAGGGUCCGAGGACACGCCCUGCGCUCAGGAUCUCCCCGUCCGUGCCGCGCUGAGGAUACUGGAGGCCAUCGGGUGCCCAGGAAAGGUGCUUGUUUUCCAGUCCGCACCCCUGACUGAGGCGGCAUUAAAACAUGGAUCCUCAGGGAUCUUCAGCUCCAGCAAGCCCAAGACCCUGUUCCAGCCUUCAGAGCCUUGCGUGUCAUUGGCUGAAGAGUGUGCCAAUCAAGGCUGCAGCCUGCACCUCUUCCUGUUCUCCCAGCCGGAUGUGGGCGGGGCCUGGCCAGGCCACACCCCGUAUAUGACAGGGGGAGGAGUUUACUGCUAUGACAGUCUGCAGUCAGAGGUGGACAGAGAGCAGCUGAGCUGUGACCUGCACAGGUGUGUGGAGACAGAGACGGCCUUCAAGGCCCAACUCAGGGUCUUCGUCAGCAAAGGGCUGAGUGUGUCUGGAUUUUACGGCUCGUUUAUCCCUGGACCUGACCCCGCCCACGUCCUUCUGCCUUGGCGUGCCCUCGUCAUUCACCAUCCAGCCCCUGUGGCAAAGUGGAAAAGCACCAGACACACACAGAUGCCCCCCCACCCCUGGACACGAUGCCCCCCUGGGGCCUCACCUCCCUCUCCUCUGUGCCAGGCGGCCCUGUCUUACACCAGCGCUUGGGGGGAGCGGAGGACCCGGGUGCACAGCCUGACCCUGCCCUGCUCACGCCACCUUCUGGACACCUUCCGCACCUGCCAGGCUCAGACGCUGCUCACCUUCUACUGCAAGAAAGUGUAUUGCGCGGUGCUGGAGCGCCCCCUACAGGAAGUGCGUGAGGAGCUGCAGGCAGAUGUGACCCAGUUGCUGGCCUCUUACCGCAAACACUGCAGCUCCACUGCGGUAUCACCGGGCCAGCUGGUGCUGCCCCAGUUCCUGAAGGCUCUCCCGGUCUACGUGAACAGCCUGCGCAAGAGCGAGGUUCUGCUGCCGUGCGUGCGCAGCACUGUCACCCAGCGUCUGCACCUGCGCAGCCAGCUGCUCUGCCAGGACGUCAGGACCACUGCCACCCACUUCUACCCCCUCCUGCUUCCUCUGCCAAUGAGCAGCGAGCCGCUGAGCGCGCUCAGUGCGAUGGAGGCGGUGCGUUGCAGUGCCAGCAGUCUCGACCCCGGGAGCCUGUUCUUGGCCCACUGCUCGCUGUCGCUGUUCCUGUGGGUGGGGCAGGGCGUCCCCGCCCACGUCCUGCUGCAGCUCUUCAACACCACCUGCUUCUCCCUUUUACCCUCGGGACAGCUGUGCCUGCCUGAGCUGCAGAAUCCUCUGUCUGUCACUGUGAGGAAGCUCAUUCACAGCCUACAGUCACAAGCGCCCUGUGCUGUCAGGCUGCAGGUGGUGAAACAGGGAGACAGCAGUGAAGAGGCACUACAGCGCCUCCUGGUGGAGGACAAGAGUCCCAAUGGUGGGGCAUCGUACGCCGACUUCCUGUACCACCUGCACGUCAACUCGCUGCGUCUCCUGGUUUGACUCCGCGCACGCCCCACACCGUUAAUGAACUACGUUACCCAGAGUCCUCCUCUUUUCUCUGAUCUCUAGGUCAGGUUCUGAAAUUAACGUGGUCCCCUUUAACUGAGCUGAAAAUCUAGCCCCUCAACAGGAAAUGGAUGCAGUGGUAAGACUGUUACUGAACUGCUGUUCACACCAGGACAGCACAGACAUGUACACAUCAUACCAAGCAAUAAAGCACGUGGUGUACCGGUUUUCCAUU